CCAUGGAGAUUCAUAUACAAUAUGGCGGCGAACGACAUAAAAAUGGGAUGAUUCGUGCACGUCGUCGGUAAUUAUGUACAUUUUCCCUCCUGAUGACAACAUGUAGAACCAUGAAGAUUCUCCGGCAAAUUGUUUACUGAAUCAUUCUACUUCAAUAAGGAAAAGAAAUUUAAAAAAAAUGGAAUUGAUGAGGAUGCUGAAUGACUCCUCCAGAGGGAGCAGGAAGAAAGGGUCUAUCCCUCAGGAGGAAGAAGAACCAAUGAGCAAACAAAUGAAGAUUCUCUUGGAACGUAAGAAAGAAGAAGAGAGAAACAAAGCCUUGGGUCAUUGGGGCACUCUGAGGAACUCCAUCCGUAGAACAAUUACAGCGGUCACUCAGGCUGACCUCAAAGAGCGGGUCAUUUCGCAUGGAAUUCAUCAUAUGAGAAAACUGAACCAUCCUGGUACCAUCAAAAGUGUUCUUUACAUGUCCGAUACAAAGGAAUAUGUCACAACAGAUGGUAAAAACAUCCGAGUGUUUUUAGAAGAUGGUCGUAAAAAAGAAUCGUACAUCCCAGAGGAACCCAUAGACAACCUUGUAUACUGUAAACACACAAAACAAUACGUGGGAUGGAUCACUGACCAGGAUGAAAUUUUUCUGAUGAACUCAGAAUUUGAGAUCAUAUCCCAGGCCAGAGUGCCAAGCAAAAUCAACCUGGCCAUGUACAACCAGAGUGCGCGAGAGUUUGUCACAAUCAGUCCAGGCUAUUUGGUGUGUUGGGCAUUUAGAUAUGGAGCAAGGCAUCUGAUUCCCCGCAAAAUGACAAAAAUCCGAUUCAAUGAUGACAAAACAUUUCGUCACAUAGUCCUGGAAGAGACAGCCAGCCGACGGCAAAAAUGUUAUCUGUCAAACAACACAGGCAUAGUGGCAUACAACGUGUUUGAGGGAAAAGAACUGAUCCACAAGAAAGACCUGCAUGAGAGGCUGAUAACAGCCUUAACCUACUUUAAUCCCCUCAAGUACCUGAUAACUGGCGCUCUGGAUGGGACCAUCAAAGUGUGGGACAAUGAUUGGUUCCUGAAGAUGGUGUUUGUGGGACACACUCAGUGUGUGAACAUCCUCGCUAUCUAUCCAGAGGGUCCAGCCGUCAUCUCCGCCAGCUACGACUGUACAAUUCGUGUGUGGAACCUUGACUCCUGUGAUGAAAUGGACAGAGCCAAACUGGACACUCCUGUUGAAGGGUUAGCUGCGGAGCUAAAUUACGAUGUGUUCUUUACGUACGGGGCUAAACAAGUCGAUUUGUGGAAGAUCCAGCAUCUUUACAAUAUCUUUACAGCCAUCGGCCAAAGAGUAAAUAGUAUCAAGCAGACGACACAUCCGUUUUACCCGAUCCGUUCUUUGGUCGUGAGUCGAGACUGUAGCAUACGGUUGAUAACGCCACCUAGUGGAGAUGUGAUGACGACUCUUCUGAUGGACCCAUCUAUUGGGAUUGUUGAUGCGGCCUAUGCUGUCGCGGAAGAGAAGUUAUUUACUGUCGUUGGGAAUGGAGACAUUUACAAAUGUCGGACUGACAUCAACCCUGCCCAGGUCGAAGCUGUCUGGAAGUGUCAAAACCCCAGAGAAGCGUGCAAUUACCUCCUGAUCUACGAGUAUGUGCCAGACUUUAAGAGUGAUGCGUGGGCUGCAUUUCGACGUGGUCUGGCCACAAAGAGCAUCAACCAGGCUUCAGAAGGAGAUGAGCCGGUCUCAAACAAUCGCACCAUCCUCCUCGGGGGUCGUAAGGACGGCUACAUCUGUGUGUUUAACUUUGAGACGGGCGACGUUGAAUUCAAAAUUGACGCUCAUGGUGUGAAGGGUGUGCUGAGUAUGAUAGCCAAUUCUAAAGAGGAUCAGCUCAUUUCUGCAGGAAAGGAUAACAUCAUCAAGGUUUGGCGUCUAUACCCGUACGCCCAGGAGGCUCUGGCGCCUCUCCUCCUGUUCUAUUGUAAAUACACACCCAUUCACAUGACGAUGCUGAAGACGAAUCUGUGCGUGGCCUUUCAGGAUCACUCGACGGCCACAUACAGUAUUGUUAUAUACAAUCUCAAAGACAGAAUAUUCAGUAUGCCCAAGAAUGAAACAGAUCUGUUUGAACACCAACCUGAGGAUGACCACACCGAUAGCAUAACUGGCCUGACCAGCUGCCAGAGAAUGAAACUGUAUGCAUCGUCCAGUCUGGACGGGACAAUCAAGAUCUGGGAUGAACAGAACAACUUAAUAAGACACCUGAAGCUGAAGACGAUGCCGUACAGCGUGGGUUUCUGUAGCUCCCGUGGUGACCUCCUCGUCGGAAUAGGACCACAUCUAUAUCGAGUACCCUACCAAGUUUAUCUGCCAAAAACCUACAUGUUCAAGAUGGUGUCUAUGAAGUUUACAGACCCUAAACCAGAGCCAAUUGUUGAGCUUAAUGAAAAGCUCGUCAAAAAAUUGUCAAAAAGAGAAUUCACUCGGCUGAAAAAAUCACAUUCAGCUUUCAAGGCGAACUUGAUUGUGGUAUGCCAGUCAUGCUGGUUGCUGGUGGCACCACUACUUGUAAGGGGCGAACUUGAUUGUGGUAUGCCAGUCAUGCUGGUUGCUGGUGGUACCACUACUUUGCAAGAACCUUUUCAACCGGAAAAAGAACCCACAGGCUUUUUCCCCCCUGCGUCCAGAGCGGUCAGUUCUCGAAUGUCAAGAGAGGUGUCUAUGGUCAAACCUACAACAGAACUCAUACAAGCCAUUACGAAGGAACAGCCACCGGUUGUUUCAGAGUUGACUACCCCUGUUCCACAGACAAAACCAGAGACACCUGUAGCAAAAGCCCCAUCUCCGGAGGUUCAACAUGAAUCUCCAACACCAUCUGAUGCAAAGAAGGAAAAGGUUGUGCACUUCUCCCGGGAGCCGUCCAAAGUGUCGAGCGUGCAUUCUACAUCGCUACCGCGUCUGUCGAGGGAGCCAACUUCCACACCUUUACAACCUGCCUACCCUGUUCUCAAUGCCACUGGCUUUGUGCCAAACUCUGUCAUGGUCAAAAUUCUGUGGCCACCACCACCGCCCCCACCCCCGAAAAAGGAGGACCGUUGGCAGCCCCCUGCCCUAACUGCAAGACAACUGGCCGAGAUUGCUGGCACUCAAUAUGUAUCUCCUCCACCAGAGGAAGAAGAAGAGAUUCUAGAAGCCACCCCUGAGCCUAUGUACUUCGACUAUGGCUCCAAGGAAGAUGAGGAGUCGGUACGGGAGGAAAGUCCAAUCGUCUCUGAACCCCCGACUCCCUCGCCUCCUCCAAUACGGCCUAAGGACGCAAAGGAAGUCACCUUCAGCCAGAAGGACACCGUCCAUGUGAUAGACAAAAAUGCUACCCCACCAAUGACAUCAAGAGAACCAACCUCUCUUUUGUCUAAGCUUCAAGGGCUCACGAAGCCACCUCCAGAUGAUGACGAUUCAACUAUUACUACAACUCCAAGGUCACCUAGAGAUUUGGACAUAGACAAACCUAUACCUUCCCCUGCGGAAGUCAAACCGAGACCUCCGGCACCAUUACCUAAACGAGAGUUCAAACCCUUACCACCCCCUUUUGUAAAGAAGCCCCUCCCGCCCUCGCCACCCCCUCCAGUGGUAGUAGAAAAGACCCCGCCUUCCACUCCAAUGAAGAGGGUGAGAGCAGGCCCAACCCCCAAGGCAAGGACCCCCACCCCACCCAGACCGGAUACGCCUGUGCCUGAUUUUAUCACACAGUUCAACGGCACACCUUGGUUUGAAAAAUUCUUUCCAAGUCUUGAGAGCAUACCGAAACCUUGGACCCCAGAAAACUUUGCUACGAUGCUUAGCCGUGUGAUUCGUCUUGCCGACUACCCAAUGAAGACGAGUAUCACUGAGGCACUCACCAUGCUGUUUACACAGGAGGACAUGUCUGAAGCCACCGUGUCGGCCAUCGACAAGACCCUGGUGGCCAUACUCAACCACAGCAAGGAGCCGCCAACCUGCCUGGUAACGUCACAAAAGAGCUUCAUCUUGUCCUCGCUGCGAGCCAUGACCAAAUUUGGUCUGUACGAUAAAGAGUACAUCACGGAAUUGAUGGUCCAGUUUCUGGACGGAGACAAAGAAGUACGGAUCACUGUGGCAGAGAGUCUGUCAGCAAGUGGUCUCCAGGACCCACACAAACACAUCCCGAAAGAGCUGGACUCCUGGGACAUCUGGAAUGUCGAGGAAGAUGACCGCAAGGCUGACCUUAGGAAAAUGGCACAGCAGUGGCUGGACAGGUGGAUGACUUCGUACAAACUCCACCUGACAGAUACAAUAGAGAGGAUGAAGAAGGGCCAGAAUAUUCAUGGCAAACUAAGUCGAGGGGAUGGCAAGAAACGUGGCAACAAGAGUAUCCUGAGGAAAUCCGUGGGAGGCGAUGAUGAUCAGGAGACUGUGACCACACUACCCGAGGGGACAGAGUUUAUCCCUCGUGUCCCGGGCGUGGAUCGCCGUCGAAGCAUCACAGUGACUUUUGACAAGCCACCCGACGUGUCGGUGGUGGAGACGGCCACGUAUAUGGAUGCCCUGAACUAUUUCUGCGACAUGAUGAUGGAAAAGGCCGUGGACGGGCUUAGAAAGGGAGGCAAGCGCGGCGCUGGGUCCCAGGACAAUGUCGUACAGGCCAAAAACACGGUCCUUGUGCUACCAAAAGUCCCACAUAAGCCUGCUCUGGUACGUCUUGGUGAAACUCACACAAGUAAAUGCCGUCCUCAUCGGGAAACCAACUUACAUAUUGAUUAUCGGCAACUGGCCACAACAAAUCGCGGAAACCAGCCUCCUCCUGGUCAGCUGACAGGAUUCACUCCCAGUAUCAACCUACCAAUGAAAACACUGUAUAUCAAUCCGUUCCGUAGCCGUAUCGACGAGUUUGAUUCUCGAUUCCAAGAACCUAUCCUGAUAACACUGAAGUCCUCUCAGAAAUACUUUAUUCCGUCCCAGUCAAUGGUACCAACGCUGGAGGAACCGUUACUGGCUCCGGCUCACUGAAGCCUGGUCAAGUUACUGGCACAACAACAAAUUACCUUCUUUUAUUGUGGCUGCAUCUAUUUGUGGAAGACAAGUAUGGGAACAGGGAACUCUUUCUUUACUGAGGUUAAAGUAUUUCUGACUACUAUAUUAAGGCCACACCUACUUACUGAGGCCACACCUACUUUACCGAGGCCAAACCUAUUGUACUGAAGUCACACCUAUUUAUUGAGGUCCUACCUACUUUGUUGAGGCCACGCCUUCUUUAUGUAGGCCACACCUAUUGUACUGAAGCCACACCUAUUUAUUGAGGCCCUACCUACUUUGUUGAGGCCACACCUACUUUACCGAGGCCAAACUUAUUGUACUGAAACCACACCUAUUUAUUGAGGUCCUACAAUUAUUAAAGUCAUGCCUACUUACUGAGGCCCACCUACUGUACUGAGGCCAUGCCUAAUUUACUGAGGCCCACCUAUUGUACUGGGGCCACGUCUUCUUUAUUGAGAUUAAUAUCAGAAAGUGCUGCCUUUUUUCACACGUCAAAUUAAUACAUGAAGUUAUUUGUAAUAUAAAAUAUAGACAUACUAAUGUCUAGUGCCAAAUGUUUGAGUAAAUGCAAAAUUUUGAUGGGAAUAUGGUGUAAUUUUCUGUGAUAGAUUUCCGGUUUUAAAGAGGUUAGACAUUUAGAUUUGAGAAAAGAUGUUUCUCUUUUCUGUACUUGUAUAUAAUGUUCCUUGGAAACUGAAUAAGCAUUAAAUAAUAGCAUUCUUUCCAUGUUGGUGACUGUGUUGUAGUGUACAUUUACUUAUAACUUUUACAUUCAAUGAUAUUUUAUAAGGAGUGAUAACUGGCCUUUUCAUAUAUAUUUUUCCUGGGAGAAUUUGCGAGUGAGAUAGUUUAAAAGAGAGAAAUAAAGAGAGAAAAGUAUGUAAUGUUUUAAGUUAUAAUAUAAAUAAAAGAUAUUGUAUUGUGUUUUUCAGCUGUGCUUUAUUUUACAUUAUUCUUUUUUAUGCUUAACUAUGUACACUGAAGCCUGACUGUAUUUGUUGAAAUUAAAAAUUAAAAAAAAACACUGACUGAAAAUCAAACUUCCAUCAUAUUUUGUGAUAUACACAGUAAUACUAAAUUGAUUUCAAAAUUUAUUUUUAUAAAAAAAAUCUAUAUUUCUUCAAACAGUAUUACCGAAAAAGUAUUAGUGAUUUUUGUAGGAUUUUAUUUUCGGACAACUUUUUCAAAAUUUCCGAUGGGAGACUUUCCUAAGUGAUACAGUUAGUUGAUUCUCAAAAUCUGGGCAAAUCCGACAGGAAACAUGAAAGUCCAGGAAUCAAAAACCACUGAGGUAUUUCAAGUGUUCUAUGAAGAAAGUAAAAAUAAAAUUCUGAUUGGUGGAAAAAAUUAUGUUUAAUCAGAAGAGUUAUUUCAUCAAAUAUCUUUAGAGUUGUUCCAGAAUUUACUGUAGGGGAGGGGUGGGAGGCACUUUUUCAGAAACCCCACCAACCAUAAAAUUUUAAAAACAAUUGAAUUAAGGAAUGGAAGGCAGAUCUUUUAACACCACCACCUGUAAUAUAUUUAUACAGGUGCGUCCAGUCUCCCCUGUAUAAUAAAUUAUGGAACAGUCCUUAUGAAUUUGUGUUGUAGUUCUUCUAUUUGGAAUAAAAUGUCUGAACUGAGUUAUUUUUAGAGAAAUCCCAGCUUGGACAACAUUUCACCACCAUGAUGCCUUAAUAUUUAUAAAUCUUUGAUACUUUCUAUAAUAUUGAUGCCAAAAUUUUAAGUCAGGUGGUGAUGCUUUACAUAGUGUUGUUAAUAAUAAUAUAAUCUUACAUAUUUUAUUUAACCAGAAAUUGAUUUAACAAAUGAAUUUCUGAAGCCAAACAUAUGUUUGUGAUCUAUUGCUGAAUACUGUAAAAGUUUCUUUUUUUUUGACAGGGCUCUAGUUUUUGCGAUUUUUGUUUAAAAAAAAUAUUUAUGAAAAAAAAAACACAACAAAUAUCAUUUGCUUUGUAAUUUAUUUUCUUACAUAUUUCUUAAAAAUUAAUCCGUUCUAACCUUAACAGUAUGUUCCAUGUCAAUAAGAAGAACAAUCUUGAAAAAAAGAGAUACAUAUGUGUACCAAAUCUUAGAAAUAUGAGCAUUAAAAUAUAAAACAGAUUUUUACAGUAUCCUGUAUGUUCCUAUGGCUGUGAUAGUGACUGAACUGUGAUCUUUUUAAAUUAAACCAGAAAUUAGUUUUAAUUCAAUAGAACUUUUAUUGAUAUUGAUAUGUGAUUAUUGUUUAAAUAUGUCUGUUCUCUUUGUUAUGUAAUUACAAAACAGGGUGAAGCAUUAAAUAUCAGUUAAAUUUUAAUCAGGUUUUAGUUACUUAUUGAUUUCUGAAGCCAAUAUGCCCUACCAAGUUGAAUUCUAAUAUUGGUUUACUAAAAAAAAACACGGUCAUAUUUUUAGACCUUGAGAAAAAUAUCCCAUGAAUUUACCAUAUUUAUCCUUUAAUAAACCCAGGUGAUAUACAAAAUGUCCGACGACUCAAGGCAGGAGAUGAGCUUUUAAAGGACAAUAAAAUAUUGUUUGUUAGCAUUUCUACUGGACUGCAAUAUAUAUAUGGAUGGGCUUAUUACUGGACAUGGGCUUAUUGCUGGAUUAAUACGGUACAUUUAACUGGAACUCAUUUGAUCCAUGAGAGAAGGAUGAGCUAUCUGGGUGUUGAAGUUGUGUAAUUAAACAAUAAUUACUCUGUUGGUUGAGACUGUUCUUGUUAGGUGGGUAGUUCCACUCAUCCACAUUUGAGUUAGUUUGAGAUCUGCUGUAUUUAUAAAAAGAUACCAGCUCUUCAGCAUUGAAAAUCAAUUUUCACUUAGACCAAUCAUAUGUUAGAUCAACAUACCCUGAUCAGUACAUAGCACCAUUAUAUGCCAGUGUUCCAUGGUUGUUUGCACAGUCAUACAUUUUAAGUGCGUCUACACAUUCCGGUUACAAAGUUUUAAAUUGUUAUUCAUGUUCUUAUGAAAUUGCAUUUCAAUAUCGGUCCAAACAUCAUUUAUGAAGAGAACCCCAGAACGUUGUGUUUCUGCUAAAAUGAAAUUAACUUUUGAAGCAAACGUUUGUCGCUAAACUAUCACUGAAUUUAUCAAACCACUUAAACAUUAUUUAUGUUUAAAUACGAUGCUAAAAUAUGAUAACUGCUAAAAUAAUAAACCCUCUGAAAUAUGGUAAGAGCUUAAAUAGGAUGUUUAACUGCUAAAGUAAAUUAUUUGACUGCUGAAAAGGUGUAACCGCUUAUUUAAGCUACUCGAUAAAAGAAUUUCACCUCUGAAAUAAGGUAACCGGUGAAACAUGGUAAUGUCUAAAAUAAGGUAACUUCUGAAUGUA